GCACCAUGCGACAAGCUAGCUGAAUCCUGCUCAUCACACAACUCACGUUUUGUGCGCUAAUCUUAAUUUUUUUCUAUUUUCGCCGAAUUCAUAAGUCGUCCUAAGUAAGCACCUGGCCUUACAAAGUCUAUGGAAAUGCCUUCUGGAAAGAGAUCGAAGCCCAACAUAAUGGUAACCGGCACACCAGGGGUUGGGAAAUCGUCUCUGUGCGAACAGCUUGCAGAAAAAACUGGCUUCGAGUGGAUCAAGGUCGGAAAGUUCGCCGAAGAAAAUGAUUGCCUGGACGAGUUUGAUGAAGAGUACAGAUGCCCAGUGCUCAAUGAAGACAGGUUGAUCGACGAACUGGAAGAAACGAUGUCAGGAGGUGGCGUUAUUGUCGACUACCACGGCUGUGAUUUUUUCCCAGAGAGGUGGUUUGACAUAGUGUUUGUGCUCAGGACGGACAAUACAAAACUAUUUGACCGACUGCGGCAGAGAGGGUACAACGGCAAGAAACUGGAGGACAACAUCCAGUGCGAAAUUUUCCAAACAAUUCUGGAGGAGGCGAAGGAAUCAUAUGCUGAGGAAAUCGUGCAUGAGCUGCCGAGCAAUAGCCCUGAGGAUAUGGAAUCAAAUGUUGAAAGGAUCUGCUCUUGGGUUGACCUUUUUGUACAAAACAACGCAUAGAUAAUAUUAUAUAUCUGUUUCUUUAUUCAUGUACAUUACAUAUUAAGUCAAAUUAAAUUAAGUUACAUGAACAAUGGCAAAAAGUGAACAAGCAGGAACUGCAUAACCGACCGAAACAAUAAAUUGUAACGACGUUGUCACGUGCCGCAAUUGUUAUUGUUAUUGAACUUGAUUAAAAUUAAUAAUUAUAAACCA